AAACGGCGUUAAGCGGCAGCGGGCUGUCGUUAUUCGGUUACCGAGGGGGGCUCGGUGGGUUAUCACUUUAAACAUGUUCACCUAACCCAUCCUGAGUGGUAGUAAUGCGCUGUGAGGCGGCCGAUUGUCAUUUUGACUUAGCUCGCGUUCGCUUAGCCGCCACAGGCUAAUUAAUUAACCCAUAUUGUGAGGUAAAUAUCAACUCUAAAUCAUCGGAAACGGGACAAACACGCCAGAAGGACGAUCUACAACGAGGACCAGUGCUGUUUCGUCGUUUUGAACGAACGCGAGGGAUUAACGGCAGGUGGAGCUGUGACGUCUGUGUCUAUGAGAACGUCGCACAGCAUGCACAGAAACUGAGAAGACACUCGUUCAACAUGAUGUCCCCCCCGCCCUCAUCUCAGCCAUAGGAACACACACACACACACACACACACGUGCAGAAGAACACACACCAUCACACUACAGCCCCAGGUGUGUCAGGGUUUGUGAGGUGUGUGUUUUGAGGGAUCAUGUCUGUGGUCUUCACACCCGACGGGAUGAAGGAGGGUGAUGCUUCCGCAGGCAUCAGUGGCAAAAGCAUCCCAUCGGGGCUCGCUAAAGACCCAAACGCUGACAGCACAGAAGCAGACGACAGCCUCUCGCAGGACGCACAGCGCCGCUGUCAGAAUCACGGCCACACUAGGAAACGGGCAAAGUCGAAUGCAAAGGUCAAGCUGGUGAGGAGUCUUGCAGUUUGUGAAGAGUCUUUUUCAAGCGACGGUCCUCUAGAAUCACAGGACAUCAUUCAGCUUCACAUCAGCUGUCCAUCUGAUAAAGAGGAGGAGAAAUCCUCGAAAGAUGAGUAUGAGAAUGAGGAAAGGGAAAAGAAAGAUAAAACUCCACGAAAGAUGCUCUCGCGUGACUCCAGUCAGGAAUACACUGAUUCCACAGGGAUAGAUGUGCACGAGUUCCUGGUGAACACACUGAAGAACAACCCCAGAGACAGAAUGAUGCUGCUCAAGCUGGAACAGGAUAUCCUGGAUUUCAUUAAUGAUGACAAUAAUCAGUAUAAGAAGUUUCCUCAGAUGACCUCUUAUCAUCGCAUGCUGCUGCAUCGAGUCGCUGCUUACUUUGGCAUGGAUCACAACGUGGACCAAACCGGCAAAGCUGUCAUCAUCAACAAGACCAGCAACACACGCAUCCCCGAGCAGAGGUUCUCUGAGCACAUUAAAGAUGAGCGCAGCAUGGACUUCCAGAAGAAGUUCAUCCUGAAGCGAGACGAUCCCAGCAUGGAUAAAGAUGAUAAUCAGAUGCGGGUCCCGCUGCAGGACGGCCGGCGCAGUAAGUCCAUCGAGGAGCGAGAGGAGGAGUACCAGCGCGUCAGAGAUCGCAUCUUUGCACGAGAAUCCUCACAGAAUGGAUACAUCAAUGAUAACAGGCUGUCCACUGACGGCUACUCCUCGUCCUCCCAAAAGCGGAGGCAGAUUUUUAGGGGUAACAGGGAAAGCUCCAGCCGGGCAUCCAGCAGUCGUCAGAGCAGCACUGACAGCGAGAUGAAGAGCCUGGAGCCGCGUCCGUGGAGCAGCACAGACUCGGACAGCUCCAGCCGAACGCUCAGACCUCCGGUCACCAAGGCCAGCAGCUUCAGCGGCAUCUCCAUCCUCACACGAGGAGACAGUCUGGGCAGUGGCAGGGGCUCCCGCACAGGUCUUCCCACAGUCUCUCCAGACGUUUGUACUCCGUCUCAUCCGCAUCAACAGAGCCGUGGGCUCCUGCCGUGUCCCCCUCAGACCCCGAGCCAACCGGCCAAUCCGCCGCUGCUGCCGACCCCGACACACACACACACUCACACACACACACAGCACGCCAUCAGCGCGCACAAUCACAUGCUGCCUCAGCCAUCUGCGCAGGCUGUGUCUUACUCCAACCCUUCGUGUCCUCAGGUCCUCCUGCCUGUUUCUCCUUCCCAGCAGUACAACAUGGGAGAUGAGUUGACUCCAGGUUUCGGGCAGAUGUCUCUAAGCCGUCAGGGCUCCAGCGAGGCACCUGAGCCACCCAGCCUUUACCAGCCUCCGCCCGCCGUACUAUCCCAGCAUCCUCCACCACAGCCCAGCUACAUCAUGCCCCCGCCGCCCUCUGGAUACCAGCCUGCUGCUCCACACCCACAUCCUCCUCCGCCUCCACCUCCACCAACACAAGCCAUCCUACAGACCGCUCCACCCACACAGGGAUACAUGCAGCCUCCGCCGCAGCAGAUCCAGGUUCAGUAUUAUUCGACCGGAGGACAGUAUCCGAAUUCAGGCCAGCAGUUCCGCUCCAUCUCUCACCAGGUGUCAUACCCCACACAGCGCUCUCAACCGAUGCCCCCGCCGGCGCAGCCCUCCGCUCCUCUCCAGCCCAUGAUGACCAAUCAGCAGCCAGCGUACCAGGGCAUGAUGGGAGUCCAGCAGCCUCAGAGCGCCAGUAUGAUGAACACACAGCGCACGGCCAUGAACGGACAGAUGCAGGGCAUGAUGGUCCAGUACCCACCCAUGCCCUCAUAUCAGGUGUCUGUAGGUAAUGAGAGUCAGUCUGUGGUGCAGCAGCAGUACCAGCAGCCCGUCAUGGUUCCCGCCAGUCAGUCUGUACAGGGAGCCAUGCCGCCCGCGGCACCCAUGCCCGUCUACUACAGCGUGCUGACACCCACACAACAGAACAGCACAAGUCCAUCUGUGGGUUACCUGCAGCCGCCCAGUUCAGAUCAGUACCAGAUGACCCAGUCUGCCCCCCCCUGCAGCCCACAGCCAAUGCAGCAGCAGUAUUCAGGGGUUCCUCCUCCUGGUCCUGGUGUGAUGGUGAUGCAGCUCAGUGUCCCGAACGGACCGCAGCCGACCCAGAAUCCUCCGCUGGUGCAGUGGAACCCCUGCAAGUACUACAGCAUGGAGCAGAGACCCAGCAAACCCGAGCCGCAGGUCAGCAGUCCGCUGGCGUCUCCCACACAGUCUCCGGCUCCUUCUCCGUCUGGCAGCGUGAACACUGUGUGUCCGGGUCUCGGUCCGCUGCCUCUCAUCUCACAGUUCCCUCGGCCCGGUGGGCCAGCACAAGCAGAUGGACGUUACUCUUUACUGGGACAGCCGCUGCAGUACAGUCUGUGUCCUCCUCCCAUCAUGCACAACCACAACCAGUCCUCCUACAGCUCCCAUCAGAGUCAGGGAGUGAUGAAGCACGGAGCGCGGGGGAAAAGACAAACACUCAAAUCUGCCUCUACAGACCUCGGGACUACUGACGUGGUGGUGAGUCGUGUGCUGGAGGUCACAGAUCUCCCCGAAGGCAUUUCUCGCCCGGAGGCUGAGAAGCUCUUCAACCAGCUCUCGCUCUGUGGUGCUAAGAUCCAGUGGCUGAAGGACCCUCAGUGUCCCCGGGGCCCCGGCGGGGGACGAGGAGACCCCAGGGACCCCGCUCACCUCUACACCGUUGUGGCCGUGUUCCCAAACACCAUGGCGGCUCAGAGCGCCUCCUUCAAACUCAACAACAGCGGUUUGUUCAAACUGCGCGCCACCAAAAAGAACUACGACUUGCGCGUGCUGGAGCGAGCGAGCUCACAGUGAGUCAGGAGAGAGAGAGAGAGAGAUGUCAAAGAGGAAGCGAUCAUCCUGGUGUUCCUUAGGGAUCUUUUUUAUUGUUUUGUAUCAUUGACAGAAGAGCACAUGUGACACAGAAGCGUGUGGUGUUGUGUGUAUCGUAUGAUGCGCGCACACACACACCCAUAAACACAAGCGGACGUCUUAAAGAGACAGUUCAGAGGAAAAUGAAAUAAUUUACUCACAUCCAUGGCGUCUAUGGAGCAGAUAUUUUAGAGAACGUUGCGAAAGAUAUGUUCAGUUCCUGUUGACUUUAUGAAAGUCGAUACGUACCAAAACAUUUCGAGGGAAACGUGAUUUACUCAUCUUUCCAAACCUGUUUGACUUUCUUCUGUGGAACAUGCGAGCAGAUAUUUUGGAGAACAUUGGUAGCCAAGUAUUUUCAGUUCCGAUUGACUUCAUGUAAAUAUUGAAUAUGGAGAUCAGUUGGUAUCAAAAACGUUUUGAUGACCGACGUUUCAUUGCCAG